AUCAUCUCCCACUUUGCGCGAGUUCAAAGUAUUUUUUGAUGGUGAACAUGUUGUGUGUGUUUUUUUUUAAACUCGGUGUUUUCCCUAGUGCCGAAUGAAUAGCUCCAUCCACAUAUUGCGGAGCCUCUUGGAAAUCUAUUGCGCAUCUCUGCUACUUUUUCUAGUUAGUCCUCUGUGGAGUGGUAUAUACGGCGCAGUCUGAAAAACUGGCUUCUUGUGGAAGUCCUCUUUUUAAUGUCUCGGAGUAUUUCUGUCCGUUUAUUUUCUGUUCAGAGUUGUAAACGGGGUUCCAUUUGAUUUCUCAAUUUACAUAUCGAGGUAAUGAAGACGUUUCGUGUCACAUUCAAUAGUGAAUUUGAGAUUAGGGUCAAUGUCAUUGGGUAAUGUCAUAAAAUCGUCAAUAUAUCAGUUCAGUUUACUUUACGGGAAAGGCCCGUAAAGUAAGCGUUUCACUGUUAAUCUACACCUGUUGUUAAUGAAGCGUGUGACAAUUAAAAUGUGAUUUCAUUGGUCAUUAUGUGUUUUAUUCAGUUCAAAGUUGAUAUUGGUAUCUUAGAAAUUAAUAUCCAAAGGUACCUCAAGACUUUCCCACAAGACGGCCUUUGCGGGACAGGGUGUAUCUAUAGUGGUGGUUUGCUCUCUUUCCUUGUCUCCUAGUGCUCUCUUUCCUUGUCUCCUGCGCUAAGGUGAACGGGAAAACUAGAUAGGAAAUAUCAACUCCCAAGCAGCAUAUACUCCCAACGCGUUGUUGUUUUCGCCCAUCCUGUAUUUAACACAUCAGUACUUGUGAAGGUGAGGAGACGAGGAGAAGAAACUAGUCUAGAGUUAGAGACUAUUGAGACGCACUCUGCCACGGUCAAGUUCAGGUGAGCUGACGGUAGGUUCUGCGUUUGAUUCAGUUCGGGUUUUCUACGGUUAGGUGUGUUUUUAAAGAGGGCUGUUGAAAAUAUGACAGAAAACGCUGCGACGUGAUCAACAGUGCAUUUUAAAAUAGUUUUUUAACUGCUUUGUAGUACAGAAAAAAAGGUGUAUUUUAAAUUGUAGAGAGAAUUUUUAAAAACAUCGGACAUUCUUAAACUCUUACAUUAAGUUAUUUCGUCAUGGACGAGGCAAUGGCGAUUAUUUUGAUAUCCAUUGUGAUGUUUUUGGGAUGUUUUCUAUUAGGUUUGAUUCCACUUUUGAUCAAACUUUCUGAGAAAAGGCUGCAGUUUGUCAGUAUUUUUGGGGCAGGCCUGCUCUGUGGUACUGCUCUAGCUAUCAUCCUCCCAGAGGGGGUGGAACUACUGGAAGAAUCCUGGAGAGUCUCCUGCUCUGUGGCCCCAGCCAAUAAGAAUGACAGUGACGGUGGGGUCGGAGGUCAGCUCCAGGAGAUGGGCCCCUCCUCUAAAGGUCUCCCAGCACGGUUCUUCAUCGGGGUCUCCCUGGUUCUAGGGUUCAUCCUCAUGUUCCUGGUGGAUCAGAUCAGUAGCUACUGCUCCAUACAUGAUCAAUGUACUGGAACAUCCAACAGGACCACUAUCACAGCUACAGUAGGACUGGUCAUCCAUGCUGCUGCUGACGGUGUAGUUUUAGGUGUUGCCGUGGUUUCCUCCAAGGUCACAGUUCAACUGGUGGUCUUUCUAGCUGUCAUUCUGCACAAGGCUCCUGCAGCGUUUGGCCUUGCCACCUUUCUGUUGCGCGCAGGUUUAGAGAAGAGGCAGAUUCAGAAGCAUCUAUUGGUGUUCUCUGCUGCAGCACCUGUACUCUCCAUCAUUACAUAUUUUAUCCUGAACGCGAGUGGAGGUUCAGCCCAGCGUCGUCUGAGCGCUACAGGUGUUGGCAUGUUGUUCUCAGCCGGAACGUUCCUCUAUGUUGCUACGGUUCAUGUACUACCAGAGGUCAGCUCCAGGGGGCAGCAGCAGAGCUUUGUAAAUGUAAUCUCUGGGACCGGGACUGGGACUGGGACUGGGCAGCAGCAGAGCUCUCCCCACCUCCACGGGACUGGGACUGGGACUGAGCAGCAGCAGAGCUCUCCCCACCUCCACGGGACUGGGCAGCCACAGAGCUCUCCCCACCUCCACGGGACUGGGACUGGGCAGCAGCAGAGCUCUCCCCACCUCCACAGGACUGGGACUGGGCAGCAGGGGGACCUGGGGGUCCUGGAGAGCCUCACGCUGAUACUAGGAGCAGGACUACCUGUGUUACUGGCCCUGGGACUACAUGAUGACUAGUCUUGUGAAUUGACGCUAUCCUGCCAAGUCUCCUUCGUCACUCAAAGGAACAUUGGGAAUGAAUGUGAAGGAAGCCUGAAAAUCGAGACUACACUACGACUGACAAGUUAACGCAAAGAAAGACACCACAUGAUACCAAGCACACAUUCUUACUUAGAGAUCAUUGAGGGUGUUUCCGUGCCAGAUGCAGUGUGUAUCAGUGUCUUUCUCUGAAAGGUCAAGGAGUUACUGAUACUGUUACUGACAUGGGUUUCAACAUACAACAAGUAGGAACAGAGUGUGUGUGUGUGUGUGUGUGUGUGUGUGUGUGUGUGUGUGUGUGUGUGUGUGUGUGUGUGUGUGUGUGUGUGUGUGUGUCUGUGUGUGUCAUGCAAAAUAGUGGGAUCAGAGCGAGAGACAGAGUGAUGUGUGUUUGUCAGAGACUUGUGUAUUUGUGUCGAGCUUUUGUAAUUGUUUCUCUUGCCAAGUUAAAUCUCAGCGGGGACAUUCUGUUGAGUUUGUCUGAAAGAGCAAAGAACAUUUCCUGUAAGUGGAUAACUCUUUCCUGUUUCCUCAUAUUUGGCCUUUUGUGCCUCCACUGAACAAUUUUUUAUAUUUUUUAUGUUAAGACGAAAUCCAAACUAGAUCAGAUUUGAAUCAAAUGGCAUAAUAUUUCAUCUUUUGUCAUGUGUAAGAAAGGUUUUUGGCUGGGGGUAUGUUAGGUACUGAAAUAUUCAGGCCAGGUUGUGAAACGCCAUCUUCAUAAACAUUGGAUGGUUGCCAUAACACUAAAUGAAUCACAGUGAUGAUUAUUGAUUUUUUAAAUUUUGUAUUGGAUGUGAUCAUCUUUUUUAGAUUUGAUAAUAAUGGGUUUACAUGAAAUAUUCAGUAAAACACCCCGUUGACAAACCACAGCUCAGUGGACCUUCCAAACGGACCAGUGACCAUAUCAAGAAGAGACUAACACAUUUCCACAUUGUUUACGAUAGCCAGGACAAUGUUGUCUGGCUACCAGUCUGUUUAGAUAGCAUUCCACUCCUUGCCAAUCUGUCACAUGCUAAACAUCUUUUGGCAUAUGAUACAGAGUACCAUGAGUGAAAUGUUAUCCAAACAGACUGGAGAUAUGUUACCUAAACAGACUGGUACCCAGGCUAGAGGAAUGUUAUCUAAACAGACUGGUACACAGGCUAGAGGAAUGUUAUCUAAACAGACUGGUACACAGGCUAGAGGAAUGUU